UCUUGCCUAACAACCUGAUCUGACCAAUCUGCGCCACACUCCAGCACAGGAAGUGGCGGUAAUGUACCUUCCAUUCAGGGUCUUGGCUGCCAAUAAACACCAUCGAAGAAGCUUGUUCCGGAAACUGCACUGGAAAAUGCAGGUUGUUCUACAAAAGUCGGAGUUGUUUUUUUAAAACGCAUAAACAGCGAACAAUGGAACCCUCAAUGGAUCAUUCGCCUCCGAGGGCUGUACCAAGUUAUCCAAUGAAAUUAAUUAAAGUAAUCCGUUAAUGACCGAAUCGUGUAUCCUCUGUACUUUUGUCCAUGAAGACUUGCGUGGUCAGUAGUCGGCAUCGAAACCUGCUGCCAGAAGUCUUGCUGAGGAUCUGCAUUUUAACAACAUGAGCUGCACUUCUGAGCAGCAGUAUGAUGCAGGCAGGAGUCUGUCUGAGACAGAACACUGAGACAACACUACCAGAGCUCACUGAGCAGCACAGGAUCAGACAGAAAGAAGAGGAACUCAGUGGACUGGAGCCUGUCCACAUGGCAGAGUCAGAGACAGAGUGUGCUGCACCAGGACUGAACACACUGGAGCCAGAGGGUGUUACAGCACACAUUGGGGUCAGUGGUGUACAUCACACGCACGCAUCACUUAUUAAAACAGAAACUGAUCUGGGCUCCCACCACACUGGGGAUCUUACUAAGACUGAGAGCCUAGACAGUGCAGAGCUGCGAUGUAUAAGCCAUCUGCAUUCUGACCAAAUCAAAACAGAGUCUGUUGAUGGUGGAUAUGUUAAGGUAGAACACAUCAGUGAAUUACAGGAUAUUAAAUAUGUUAAUAUUAAAUCAGAUCGCAUCAAGUAUGAAUCCAGUGAAUGUUUGGUGAGUGAUCUCAUGAAUACUGUGAUGAAUGGAGCUGCUGUUGGUCACAAAGACCAGACUGAAUCAGGGCAAUGUGCAGGAGAGCCAAACCGAAACUGUAAAAAAGAAGAAAUUCAUCAUCCGCUGACCCAAUGUGGGGAUUUAGAUCAUAACUGUGACCUAAUCAAUGAGAAUAACAGAAUUGUCCUACAGAAAAGUACAAACAGUCGGAGAAAGACGAUUCACAGACAUAAAGAAAAAAUGAAUACAGGUGAAAAGCCAUAUAGGUGUAAACAAUGUGAGAAGUGUUUUUCACAUAAAAGUGUUUUAAGUGUCCACAAGAGGAUUCAUACAGGUGAAAAGCCGUACAGGUGUACGCAGUGUGAGAAGUGUUUUUCACAGAAAAGUACUUUAAUAUCCCACAAGAGGAUUCAUACAGGUGAAAAGCCAUUCAAAUGUACUGAGUGUGAAAAGUGUUUUUCACAGAAUGGUGCUUUAAAUUGCCACAUGAGGAUUCAUACAGGUGAAAAACCCUACAAAUGUACUGAGUGUGAAAAAUGUUUUUCACAAAAGAGUAUUUUGUAUUAUCAUAAGAGGAUUCAUACAGGUGAAAAACCCUACAAAUGUACUGAGUGUGGGAAGGGAUUUUCCCGAAUGCUUUAUUUAUAUCGCCACCAGAGUAUUCAUACAGCACCCAUGAUAAAUAACUCAAAAAACCCAGACCUGUUGCAUUUCUUUCAACAGAAGACAAUUUGCAUAAAUAAAAGCGAAAUUAGUAUAGGUGAAAAGCCAUACAGGUGUACACAUUGUGAAAAGUGUUUUUCACAGGAAGGUGACUUAAAUAUUCACAUAAUAACUCAUACAGGUGAAAAACCCUACAAAUGUAUUGAGUGUGGUAAGCGUUUCAAUUUUAAAUCACGUUUUAAUACACACAUGAGAAUUCAUACAGGUGAAAAGCCCUACAAAUGUAUUCAGUGUGAUAAGUGUUUCAGUGUUAAAUCUCAUUUAAAUAUACACAUGAGAAUUCAUACUGGUGAAAAGCCCUACAGAUGUAUUCACUGUUGGAAGUGCUUUACCCAACAAGGUACUUUAAAUCGCCACCAGAGUAUUCAUACGGCACCCAUGAUACCUAAUUCAAGUAAAAACCCAAGCCUAUUGAAUUUCUGUCGAAACAAUACAAUUCAACAAAACGGAAGUAAAAAUAAUACAGGUGAAGACCUGAACAAAUGCACUCAGUGUGGGAAAUGUUUUUCAAAGAAAAGUCUUUUAACUUACCAUAUGAUGAUUCAUACGGGCGAAAAGCCAUAUAAAUGUACUCAGUGUGAGAAGUGUUUUAGACAGAAACGUGCUUUAAAGUGCCACGAAAUGGUUCAUAUGGGUGAAAAACCCUACAAAUGUACUGAGUGUGGGAAGUGUUUUUCCCAAAAUAGUGUUUUAAAUGACCACAAGAUGAUUCAUACGGGUGAAAAACCCUACAAAUGUACUGAGUGUGGGAAGUGUUUUUCACUGAGACGUGCCUUUAAUUACCAUAAGUUAAUUCAUUCAAGUGAAAAACCCUUCCAAUGUACACAGUGUACGAUGUGUUUUCAUUCCAAAUCUGGUUUAAAUAGACACAUGAGAAUUCAUACAGAUGACAGGCGCUAUGCAUGUAUUCAGUGUGAUAAGUGUUUCUAUACAAAAAGUGAUUUAGAUAGACACGUGAGAAUUCAUACAGGUGAAAAGCCCUUUGAAUGUUCUCAAUGUGGGAAGUGUUUUUCAAAGAAAAGUUCUUUAACUCGCCAUGAGGUGAUUCAUACAGGUGAUAAGCCAUAUAAAUGUACUUAAUACGAGAAGUGUUUUUUACAGAAAUGUGCUUUACGUAGCCACUAGAUUAAGUCAGGUGGAAAAACCUAUAAUUAGUGUACUCUGUGUUGGAGGUGUUUUAAUACAAAAUUCAAGUUUAAUAUUAAUGAGCGUACAGAUUAAAUGACCUAAUCUGUAUGCUGUUCAGUGUGAGAACCUGUGUUUACCCUUUUUUUUCCUAACGAGGUUGACCAUUUUGUUCAUUAGAAAAAGUAAUUCACUUGUAUUUGGAAGGCUGAUAUUUUUCAAUGAAAACACUAGUGUAACUUGCUUGGAAAAAAAACCAAUAUGAAAUCUGUUUGGAUAUACUGUAGAAAAAGAUUAUGUCUGUUGCAACCUUGUAUUCUGAAAAUGAACUUACAGUACCGGCCUUUUCUGUCCUGCUACUGCCAAUGUAGACGUUGUAAUGUGUAUGUGUGCUAAAGCAACUGUGUAAUUAUUCAGCUUCUGACUCUAUGUUUUAUCAGACAUCUGUUGAGGAUCUUUGUUUCACUCUUUAUUAAUCUAUGUUGUUUAUUAUUUCUGCAUGAAAUAAUUUUACACUGAGUGUGCUCAUUCCAAGGUCUUUGGCAUGUAAAUCUUUGCAUAAACCCUUAUAUCCUUCAGUGUGUCAUUGCUUUCCCUGUAUAAAUGUUUAGGAAUUCCUGUUGUCCAUAACUUGUAACACUAAUUGUACAAUUGUACAAAUAAGUUUGACUUAUAUGGGGUGUGAAUUGUACUAAUCAUUUUAAAUGUUUUAAUGUGGCAGACCAUGUACACUUUAAAAAUUUAUUUUUAAACAAUGAAUGUUUCCUAAUACUAAUCUGAUUCAGUUAUUCUGAGGAAUCCAUUUCAGGUGAUUAAUGUUGGCAUUUUAUUAAUAUGUAGAAGAACAUUAGGAGCAUGCAUUGGUAAUCAUCACCAUAUUUAUAAUCAUCAUAAACAUUGGAAUAAUAUAUCAA